GGUUUGGGCUUGGCACCUCCAAGAAAAAGGCAAGGCAUCAUACAAGAUCGCAAACACAGGAGAAGAAGAACAGUCGAAGGUAGAUUUUGAGACAGAGCUAGAUCUCGACGAAGCUCCAGGUCGUCGCUUAGGUAUGUUCUAACUCCUUUGAUGUAUAUAUUCCUUAGAAUUCUUAGCUAGAUCAUGGUUGAGUAUUGUACCAACUAUAUAUCCCUUACUCCACUGUAGUGAUCGAGUUAGAGUCUGCUGAUACUGAAUAUGGAGAUGGAUAGAAUUAGCGGUUUACCAAAUGAUGUGACAGAAAAGAUUUUGUCAUGUUUGCCGCUAAGGGAGGCAGUGAGGACAAGUGUUUUAUCCAGCAAGUGGAGGUACAAAUCAGCCAUGCUUCAAGAUCUAGAAUUUGAUGAUUCUUCCUGGGGGAGAAGCCAAAAUCGAGAGUUUGAUGAUGAUGAUUAUCUAGAGUUUGUGAACAUGAUUGAUCAUGUACUCUUAGUUCAUAUUGUCCCCAUACGCAAGUUCAAGCUAUGCUGUACUAUGGAUGUGGUAGCCGCUAGAGAUAUUGAUCGAUGGAUUACUCAUCUAUCAAGAAACUCUAUCAAAGAGUUGAUAAUUAUGCUUUGGGAAGACCAUGGAUACAACAUUCCAUUCUCUGUGUUUUCAUGUCAAGGUCUUGUUCACUUGGAGUUACUCAAGUGUUUGCUCAAACCUCCGUCAACAUUCAAAGGGUUCAAGAGCUUGAAGAGUCUUCAACUCCACGCUGUUGACGUGACCCAAGAUGUGUUUGAAAAUUUGAUUCGUUGCAGUCCUCUGCUUGAGAGAUUAACAUUGCGACAUUGUGAUGAUGUCACCGAUCUCAAUAUUGAUGCACCAAAUCUCCAAUAUUUGCACGUUUUAGGUGCUUUCGAUGUCGUUAACCUUGAGAGUGCCUUAAGUAUUACUGAGGCUGAAAUUUAUAUGACCAUCCAUGAUGACCAAAUAUGGCUUCCUGACAGUUGGAUUCCUGCUUGCGGUUCUAGCAAUUUGCUCAAGAUCUUUGAUCACCUACCUCAUAUUCGAAGGCUUGAAAUUAAGUGGCGCUUUUUAAAGUAUUUGUCUCUGGGCUCUUUGCCAGAAAAGCUCAAUAAACCAUGUCAAUAUCUGAAUGCUCUUUCUAUAGACAUAAGCUUCGACGAUCCGGAUGCAAUUCCAACUGCUCUAUGCCUUCUGAGAAGCUCCCCUGCUCUACAAGAGCUAGAAAUUGUGAUGGAUCGGAGAAAGAAACUCGAAAGGAGACACACUGUUGUCGAAGAAGUGAAGUCUUCUUGUUUGGAUGUGAGCUACAAUUGCACACUUUCUCAACUGCGACUCGUGAAAAUAACUGGGAUCUCUGGUGUUAAAGCUGAACUAGAUUUCAUCAGAUUUCUCCUUUUAAGUUCACCUCUUCUUGAGAGAAUGACUAUCACGCCUCCUCGAUUUCCUGAGCCUGCUACUGUGGAUGGUUUUCCAAAACUAGUAAAAGAGCUACUUCAGUUUAAACGUGAAUCAAAGCAUGCAGAGAUUAUUCUUCUGGACCCAUAAUUCAUCAAUGAAUUGAAGCAGCUAAGAGGUUCUAGACUUCUUGUAGAAAUGAAUUUGGCUUGGAGUUGUCCCUUUUGGUACAAGUCCAAAGUAUAUCAAGAAUUCGACUGUCAUUAUUAGUUGAAUUUGCUUACGGAAUUAUGUAUCAGGUUACAUUUUCUGUCAAGAGUAAUGAAAGGUCCGAACCUAGUAAGAAAAGUUUGGGUGUAGUAGGAGUCUCUUUAAUGUAAUAACAAUGUCGGUUUCAUCAUCAGAAACCCUUCUCGCUUCUCAGCUAUGCUUUCAGUUGCUGUGUAUAUUUGACUUGCAAAUAAUUGAUGAGAAAGUCAUCGACCAAAUGCAGAGCACCUCUAUAGCUUGUUCAGCCAAGGUACCAAUGCACUUUCCAUAUAUGCAUUCUCCUUAGAGCUGACCACGACGACUCCAUUACUCAAUUAAUGGAGUACUAGAAAAUAUUUUUCGUAUAUGACAUGUGAAAUUUGGCAGCUGCUAGUCAAUUAGUUUUGGUAAUAGAAAGAACAUCUGUAACUAUUUCCAUACUAUUUCGAUCGAGCUCUAGAUUCCCAAUACACUUGAACACGAGAGGGUCGGAAUGGGUUUUUCUUUGUCACCUGGGCUUAUGUUCAUCGACGAUUCAAAAACCAAUGACAAAUUUCAUUUGGACUCUGUCUCUUUUUUGCCUUCCUUUUUUUAAGCCCAAAAGGCCAGGGCAGGAAAACAGCUUACUAGGAAAUAAAAGGACGAGCGCACUUAGGUAUAAGCAAAGAAAAGCCGCAGCACCCUACAGUACGAAGUUACAAACACAGGAGAACAAGAACAGUCCAAGAGUAAAGUAAGACUCCCGGACAUAACUAGAUCUAGACGAAGCUCUGCCAAGAGAUCCGGGUCAUCAUCACUUAGGUAUGUUCUAAUUCCUUUGAUAUAUAUCAAGCAAUAUAUUCGGAAUAAUUCCUAGCUACAUCAUGUUCGAGUGCUUUCCCAAAUAUAUAUCCGUUCCUCUGCAGUGAUCAAGUUGGAGUGUGCUGCCAAGGGACUGAAAAUGGAGUUUGAUAGAAUUACCAGUUUACCAGAUGAUGUUACAGAAAACAUUUUGGCACGUUUGCCGCUUAAGGAGGCAGUAAGGACAAGUAUUUUAUCCAGAAAGUGGAGGUACAAAUCAGAAAGGCUUCAAGAUCUAGUGUUUGAUGAUCAGUGUGUCUCGACUCAAAGUCAUCCAACCUGCAGCUUUGUCAAUAUCGUUGAUCAUGUACUCUUAGUCCACACUGGCCCCAUACGCAAGUUCAAGCUUUCUCGCAAAGAGACGCUAGCCACUAGAGACAUGGACAGAUGGAUAUUGCAUCUAUCGAGAAACCCUGUCAUCAAAGAGAUGAUAAUUGAUUUUUGGAUAGGGAAUCCCUACAACAUUCCAUCAUGUUUGUUUUUUUGUCAAGAUAUUGCUUAUUUGGAAUUAUUCAGGUGUUUGCUAAACCCUCCUCCGUCUACAUGCAAAGGCUUCAGGAGUUUGAAGACCCUUUGUCUUCUGAAUGUUACCAUGGCCCAAGAUGUGUUUGAGAACUUGAUUGGUUGCAGCCCUCUACUUGAGAUAUUGGCGUUGAUAAGUUGUGAUGGUUUCACCAAUCUCAAGAUUGAUGCACCGAAGCUCCGGUUGAUUGACAUAAUAGGGGUCUUUGUAGAGUUUGAGUUUGUAGAUUCCUCAAAUCUUGUGGAUGCUUCCUUUGAUUUGCAGGUUGUUGUUGAUCAAAGAGGGAAUUGUAGUAAUUCUGGGAAUUUGCUCAGGUUUUUUGAUCACCAGCUGCCUCAUAUUCGAAGUCUCACAAUAAAGAGCAACUUUCUUAAAUACUUGUCUAUUGGUGCCUUGCCAUUGAAGCUCCCUAAACCAUGCCAAUAUCUCAAUUUUCUUUCUUUAGACAUGAACUUCGACAAGCUGGAUGAAAUUUCAACCGUCUUAUGCCUUCUGGGAAGCUCCCCUACUCUACAAGAAUUACAAAUUUUGGUGGACCCUGAAAAGGAUCACGCUGCUGUGGGAGAAGUGGAAUCUUGUUUAUAUGACAACUACAACUGUGCAUACACUCAACUGCGGCUUGUGAAAAUUACCAAAAUCUCUUGUGUACAAGCUCAACUAGAUUUCAUCAAAUUUCUACUUCUAAGUUCACCUGUACUUGAGAGAAUGACUGUUCAACCUGCUUCUCUCGAUGGUUUUUCAAAGCUAGUAAAAGAUUUACUUCUGUUUAAGCGUGAUUCAAGGCGUGCAGAGAUAAUGCUUUUGGACCCAUAAUUCAUCACUGAGAGUUGAGGUAGCUGAGAGCCUGAGAGGACUUUCUAGCAGGAAUGAAUGUGGGCUUGGAGUACAGUUCGCUACUAGUCUUUAUAUAGGAUGUGUAUAUGUCUGUUUGCUGAGACAAGUUUUCAUAUUUUCCAUUUAAAUUUCCAGAGUUCAAGUGUGAAGUUUGCUUGUCAAUUGUUCUGCAUGUUAAGUACAUUUUCAGCCGAUAUGCAAGUUCCGAACAGAAUUCAUCUAA